GAUAAGAUAAAUUGUGAUUUUGAGACGGUGGAAACCUGCCAUCAAAGCAAAGAAGAACUCAAUUAGAUUUUGAGAAAUUCCUCUGCAAAAACCUUCCACACCCAAUUCUCAACAACUGCGACAAUUCAAAUUCAGAUAAGUAUACCUUAUGAUAUCUCUCACCACCACCACCACUCUGGUGCUGACGCCAUUAUCAUUGGUCACAUGUUCGGCGGCACGUCGUCCACAUACAACUACGGUUAAAACUGACAGAAAGCAAAGGCAAAACAAUGCAGGUUUCAGCGGCAAGAAGAAGGAACUGUCGUGGCAUUGCGUGGAAGGUUGUGGUGCUUGUUGUAAGCUUCAAAAAGGUCCUUCUUAUCCAUCUCCUGAAGAAAUUUUCACCGACCCUUUAGAUGUUGAGCUCUACAAUAGCUUAAUAGGACCAGAUGGAUGGUGUAUACAUUAUGAAAAGAGUAGCAGAAAAUGUUCCAUUUACUCUGAGCGUCCGUAUUUUUGCCGUGCGGAGCCUGAGGUGUUUGAAUCUUUGUUUGGAGUCAAACAGAAGAAUUUCAAUAAGGAGGCAUGCAGUUUCUGCAGAGACUCAAUUAAGGCAAUUUAUGGUUCCAAUUCAAAGGAACUUCAUAAUUUUGACGAGUCAAUUAGGAGUUCUUCUUCUGGUUAGAGUUUUGAAUUCUUUAUUGAUCAAGGUACCAAUAUCUUGACUGAAUGUGGGACGUGGGUUAUGUCGGGUACUUAAUGGAAGGAAUUAUCCACACAAUGGAUAUGUUGAAGCCUUUCAAGCACUCUACUGUUAUUGAAGCACAACCACGUUGUUGGUGGUAUUCUUAGAUCACCAAUUUCCAUUCCAAAUUAGAUAUUGUUGCUGUGGGGUGGCGUGUCAGGUUUUCGCUUCUCCUCUGGCGGCAUAAUUACAAAGAAGCUGCAGGUUCACAAUUCAAAUCCUCACCCUACUGCAGUGAUGGCUAAAUUUUGAUCACUUGGAAAUGUAAUAUUAGAUGGACAGUUGUUCAAAAAAUAUAAGUAUGAACUGAUUUGAAUAGGCUAAUUUCAUUAUUCUACUCAGGGUCGGUUUUAAGACUUUUAAUGCCCUGUACAAACUAAAUGAAUGGUGCCCUCGUGUAUUCUAAUGAAGAGGUCAUGUUACUAUCUUUGUUAUGAUUA